GCGUGUCUGUAUAAAGCCGGGUUACUUCUGCUCGAGCAGAUGUAGCUCAUCUUGCAGUCAGUGGGGGAGGAAAAGUGCGCGUCGUCUUUCUCCACCUGGACAGCAUCAGGAUGUCUGCGGAAAUAUUAGACAAAAACAAGACGAUAGACUUGAGGAAGAAGCACAUUGGGCCCUCCUGUAAGAUUUUCUUCAGCCAUGACCCCAUCAAGAUUGUGCAAGCCAAAGGCCAGUACAUGUAUGAUGAGAAAGGACAGCGCUACUUGGAUUGCAUCAACAAUGUGGCUCAUGUCGGCCACUGUCACCCGGAUGUGGUGAAGGCAGGGGCUCAGCAGAUGGAACUGCUCAACACCAACUCACGUUUCUUGCAUGAUAACCUGGUACUCUACGCCCAGCGGCUGCAAGCCACGCUGCCAGACAAGUUGUCUGUGUGCUACUUUGUCAACUCUGGCUCUGAAGCCAAUGACCUGGCCCUUCGACUGGCACAGCAGUACAGAGGCCACAAAGACAUCAUCACGUUGGACAAUGCGUACCACGGCCACGUCUCAUCGCUCAUCGACAUCAGUCCAUAUAAGUUCCACCAGCUGUCAGGUGUUGAACAGAAUCCAUUUGUCCAUGUGGCUCCGAGCCCAGAUGUGUACAGAGGCAAAUACAGAGCGGACCAUCCUGAUCCUGCAACAGCAUAUGCAGAUGAAGUCAAAGAUAUAAUAGACAAAAUCCACAAGAAAGGAGGAAAGAUUGCUGCUUUCAUUGCUGAGUCAUUGCAGAGUUGUGGCGGGCAGGUCAUUCCCCCUGUUGGCUACUUCCAGCAAGUGGCAGAGCAUGUCCGUAAGGCAGGGGGCAUUUUCAUCGCCGAUGAGGUCCAAGUGGGGUUUGGGCGUGUUGGCACCCACUUCUGGGCCUUCCAGCUUCAGGGAGAGGACUUUGUGCCUGACAUUGUCACCAUGGGAAAGCCUAUUGGCAACGGUCACCCCAUGUCAUGUGUGGUGACAACCAGAGAGGUGGCAGAGGCCUUCAUGUCAUCUGGAAUGGAGUAUUUUAAUACAUUUGGCGGCAACCCAGUGUCGUGUGCCAUCGGACUGGCCGUCCUAGACGUGAUCGUGAAAGAGGAUCUCCAGGGUAAUGCGCUGCGUGUUGGGGGACACCUGAUCAAUCUGCUGGAAAAGCAGAAAGCGAAGCACCCGCUGAUCGGAGAUAUCAGGGGUCGCGGCCUCUUUGUUGGGGUGGAGCUCGUGAAGGAUAGGUUGAAACUCACUCCUGCCACAGCAGAAGCCCAAGAAGUCAUAUAUCAGCUAAAAAAGGACCACAUCCUUCUCAGUGCUGACGGACCUCAUCGCAACGUGCUCAAAUUUAAACCCCCCAUGUGCUUCACUAUGGAGGACGCUGACCUGGCGGUGGAGAAAAUCGACCACAUUCUCACAGAACUUGAGGAUGCAUUAGGCCUGAAGUUGCCAAACAGAGUGACUAUAGAGAAUGAAUGCAGUAAAAGAAAGCUGGCGACUGAUGAAAAUGGACACCAGUAUCACAGUGGUUUAGUACACAGCAAAGAAAGCAGUCAAGGAGUUCCUCAACAAAACAAACGCAUCAAGACAUAAAGCUGCUCGUGAACUCAACACUUUACGUAGUUGAAGAACUGAUAACAGACAUGAUACAUUUUGGAGGUGACAGAAUUCUGGGGGAAAAGUGCCUUAGCAUUUAACCUGAUGAAAAAUGUUUUUAUGCUAAUAAUAAUAUUAAUGUACUGUGUGUCUGAGAUUGUGGUGUCUUCUCAGGUUUUUAAUUACACAAAGGAAUCAAGCCAGUUGUUCAGCAUAGUAUGUCAAAUAGUAUACACCUUCCUUAAUUAUGCAAGUUUGCUACAUGAACUGUAUAUUUUUAUUUUAACUUUUGUCAAGAUUCACUUGAUUGAGAAUCAUGGUUUUCAUAAAUUAAAAUGUGUAUGUAUAUAAAACAUGCAAUUGUGUCGUAAUGUGGCUUUUGCAUUAAAAUGCAGCUUUACUCAUUGUGAA